AUGAGUCACCUGCUGAUAUCUGGCAUCUUCUUGCUGAUCACAGUGUUAGAAAUGGGACGAGCAAACAACGACAUCCUGCGGCUAAACAUCAAGAAAGAGCCUGUCCUUGACCCCAACACUGUCUGUAAGACCUACCCAGCACUGACGUCACAGCAGUACAAUUUGUGCCGCAAGUACCCGGAUGUGACGGCCUCGGCGAUCCAAGGGGUACAAGUGGCCAUCCACGAGUGUCAGUUCCAGCUGAGGACCCACCGGUGGAACUGCUCGGCCCUGGAGAAGAAGAACAAGAACCCUCAUGCCAGUCCUGUGUUGGCCAAAGAGACAGCUUUCGCUUAUGCCAUCUCGGCUGCAGGGGUGACGCACCAGGUGUCUAAGGCUUGCAGUAUGGGCAAGUUGAAGUCUUGUGGCUGUGACAUGAGUGUCCAUGGAAGGAAAGGAAAUGUGGACAGGACAUUUGAGUGGGGCGGAUGUAGUCACAACAUCGACUUUGGGGCCCAGUACGCACGCAAGUUCAUGGAUUCUAAAGAAGCCGCGAGGGAUAUCCAUUCACAGAUAAACUUACAUAACAACAGAGCAGGGCGGCUGGCUGUGAUCAGAAACGUCCGAGAACAGUGCAAGUGUCACGGCAUGUCUGGCUCCUGUGAGCUGGAGACUUGUUGGAAAGCCACCCCAGACUUCAGGAAGGUAGGAGAACUGCUUCGCCGCAAAUUUGACGAGGCUUCAAAGGUACAG